UCUCUCGCCGUCCUUCACCAGAUGUCAUGAACGAAACCUUCGGCGCUGGAGGACCCUGCCAGUCGGACGGCCGCCUCAUCGACUUCUCCGAGUUUGACUACCCCUACAGAAAGGACACCUGGAUCCCCAUAACGUGGCGGGAGGUGCUCAAGAUCGUGGCAUAUAUGAUCGUCUUCUUGGUGUCCGUGGCUGGCAACCUGCUGGUGAUCCUGGUGGUGUACUACAACGCCCAUAUGCGCAACUCCACCAACACUUACCUGGUUAACCUGGCCGUAGCGGACCUGCUGGUGACCUUCGGCUGCAUGUGGGUGCACAUCAUACGCCAUCUGUCCCAUCCCAAUUACGUGCUGCCAGCCAUUAUGUGCAAAGUGGAUAGCUUCAUGCAAGCCACUGCCUUGUUAGCGAGCGUGCUGACUUUAACGGUGAUCAGCGUGGGGCGGUUCGUUGCAGUUAUGUUCCCUUUGCAAGCACACACUUCCCCCGACCGAGCGCACCGGGUUAUCGCUGCAGUGUGGCUCACCUCCAUCUUGCUUGCUUGCCCGCUGGCCAUCUAUCGGGAGCUGCACAGCUUUAAGUGGAAGAACUUCACCUCUUGGCACUGCGACGAGUACUGGCCAAAGGAGGUUCGGUUCGACCCCUCGCUGGGAAUGUGCAUCACGACCUAUGACUCCAAGAAGCUCUUUUACACGCUGCUGACCAUCGCCCUCUAUUUCUUACCUGUGGGAAUCAUGCUCUUGAAUUACGGGCUGGUGGUGUGGAGGCUGUGGAUGACCCAGCUUCCGGGUGAGCACUCCGCGCCCGCCCGCAACACGGCCACGAGAGCCAAGAAGAGAGUUGUGAAGAUGGUGUCGGUGGUGCUGCUGGUGUUCGUGAUCUGCUGGACGCCCCUGCAGUCCCUCAUCCUCUACAGCAAUUUCAGCAGGAAUGAAUGCCGGUCACAUGCUCAGCAGCAGCAGCAGGCUCGCCAUACACCAGAUUCAGUCAAGUUCGAAAGAGUCAAGUUCGAGGGCAGCCCAAGCAUGGUGUCAUCCCACCCGCACUUACUCCCGUCUCCCCCGCCACAGCUGCCGCAAUGGUUCCCCGUCAUGGAGUUCUGCGCUUACUUCGUGGCUUACUCGAACUCCGCGCUCAACCCCAUCAUUUACUGUGGCUUCAACGCCAGCUUCCGCCAGGGGCUCGUCUCCCUCGUCACGUGUCGCCACUCGUCGUCCAGCAUCAUAUCUUACGGCCCCUCAACGGGCAGAUGGACCAUCAGCCAAGACCGAACCGAGAGCUCAGAAGGACACUGGAAAGGUAUGACUGCUGGCACCCGGGAGACCACCGUCGCCUGCUCGGGCCCGGAACCUGCUGUACUGCUCGAGUUUAGUUCCCUUAGAAGAAGCAGGAUGGUGCACAAGGCAGCCCAGCCUGCGCAGGAGUCUGAUCGACUUGUAGUCGCAACCUCGAACAAGAAUCCACGUGGCACAGUGACCUCUGACCUUACGUGUAAGAAAUGCUACAUGGGGGUCAACCUACAACAGACGGACUCUCAGCUGACCCUCAACCACCAUGGAACAACCACAACCACGUCCUUCAUCUUCGACAACCAACCACGAGUCCCCGAAGUCGUCUCACACCGGUCGCAGCUGCAGGAGAUUGGACAUCCAGGUCUCGAACUCCUCCAGCAACAGCGGGACGGCGACAGUGACCACCGUCUGUGGCUGCUGCAAGAGGAAGUUCGUGGACGAUGACAUGUACGACCUCAAGGUGGUGAAAGCAAGUGCUGACAUGGAUACGAAAGGUGAAAUGCUGUGAAACAGAAAGUCAGUUCAUACUUAAGAUAAAUUCUCGACAAAUUAUUAUGUCAUUAAAAUAUGUAUGUUAGUGUACGUACUGGCCGAAAUGAGAGAUUCUGGUUAUUUUAGUAUCGGUAUUGAUAUUGGUGGUAAGAAGAGAAAAACGCAAAAUUAUUCCUUUAAGUGAGUCACUUUGGUGUUCAUGAUUAAUUAAUUCUUGUUGUGACGCUUGUAUGUUACGUGUAUUUUACAUGUUAAGGUUCAACAUGUCUAUCGAUAUAUUUGUGGUUAUUCUAAUAUCAAUUAUUACGCUUUAUGACUGUCGCAAUGGCAGAUGGAGAUAUUCCUCUCUGAAACUUAUUGUAUUUCCAGGAUGAAUCUAAAAGCAUUUAUCUCGUCUUGUUCUUCUUUUGUGAAAUUAUCUUAAGAAAAGAAACAUUGAUUCAUCCUUUGUUCUCUCUUUUCAUCUUAACCCUAUUCCAAACGUCAUAUCACUAAUGUUCUGUUUGCAUAUGAUGUGCAAGGGUUAUAUUUACAACUUCAUAUCAUGACGUUGUAAAAGACGUCAGGAAAGAUCAUGGUAUUACCCUUUGAUAAAAAAAAUACAUAUCCACACCUAGAAUCAA